AUGAGCUUAUGCUUCUGGUUAACUGUUACAGACUUGGAAAGCCUUCUGGAGGCCACUAGCCAGCAGCACCAUAGACCGUCAUUGGACUACUUGGCCACACCACGACGUGGAGUUCCACUGCCGCCGACCGACAAGAAAAUAAGUAUGGAUCAUCAUGCAAGGUCGGUAUCGACUUUAGAUUACGUUAUGGAGGUUUAUUGA